CCCCCCGUCAAUUCACACAGCACCAUCGAGCAAGCAGCAGCACAAGCGCAGGCGCAGGCGCAUCCGAGAGAAGAGGAAGAGGAAGCGAAGAGAAGCCAAGACCGCGGCGCGCAAGCGAAGAAGAGGAAGAGGAGAAGCAAGUUCGAUUCACACGGCCAUGGCUGCAGCGGAGGGCAAGAGCCGGAGGUUCGCGCUGGCCUGCGGCGUGCUCAGCCAGUACGUGAAGGCGGAGCAGAAGAUGGCGGCCGCCCCGGCCCCGCGCGCGCCGGCGACGACGCUGAGCCUCAUGCCCGGCGCGGACGUCGGCGCCGAGCAGGAGCCGGCCGCCGCCGCGAGGGGGGAGGAGGCGGCCGGGCCCGCGUCCACGGCGGCGCCGCUCACCAUCUUCUACGGCGGGCGGGUGGUCGUGUUCGAGGACUUCCCGGCGGAGAAGGCGGCCGAGGUCAUGCGCCUGGCCGCCGGCGCCGAGCGGGCGGCGGCCCCGGCCCCAGCCCCGCGCGACGACCUGCCCAUCGCCAGGAAGGCGUCGCUGCAGCGGUUCCUCGCCAAGCGCAAGGACCGCCUCGUCGAGCGCGCGCCCUACGCCCGCCCGUCCCCCGCGGAGGAGGCCGAGAAGAAGAAGCCGGCUGCCUGGCUCGGGCUGGGGAGCGCGGACGCCGACCGCCUCACCAUGGCGCUGUGAUUCGGAGCUCGCUGGGCUGCGCAUGCUGGGGGAUCGAUUAGUAGUGAUUUAAUUGGGUGGGGUCCUGGGGCUGGCAUCGGAAUGGAUUGGACCAAACGGAGCCAGAGCAUUUGCUCAUGCUCUUACAGGGACAGAGAAUUGUAGAGAUGUAUUCUUGUUUACCUCUUUUUCUUUAACUAGAGCGAUUUGCUCGUCACAUUCGAUAGAAAGAAGAUGGAAAUUGAACAAUUCGUCAAUUGGU